GGCAGCGUGGCAUUGUUUACCUCGGAUUUGAAUGAAGGAGAAACGCGAUUUUCAACAUGGCUGAAAGUGAGACUCGCCCCUUUUUCUUGAGGCUGGGUACCCUCUGCCGUUAUGUGGACUCACAAGUGAUGGACCUGAAGGAGGAACUUGUCACACAUGACCUAAAGCCCCACAAUUACGACAGAGGACUUAAGUGCCUGAAGAAUGAUGUUAAAGAUCUCAAGAAAUUGACGAAAGAUCUCCAACCUAAGCUGGCUUCUAUUGAGAACUUUUCCAGCUACCUUCAGUCCAUGCAAGAACUUGUCACUCAGCAAGCUACUGACAUCGAGAAGAUUGAGAAAUAUCUCUUGACCUUUGGAUACACUCCCCUGCCAAAACAGGAAAAGAAUGCCAAGAAUUGUGAAGUGACAGUGGAGGUAGCUGGACCUCCCUCCGAGCAAAAGGAAUGUGGAUCGCCAGACAGUAUUGAGGGCCCCCCAGGAGAGGACAACGCCAAGCCCAAGGGAACCCCAGUCCUGAGUAACGUCGGCCUCAUGGUGGUUCAAGGGAAGGCGAUUCCGACAGUCCGCUCCCAAGCCUGUGAGCAACAUCAUUUUCUUUCUCUGUCAUUAGACUUUGGAUGCUUGUGGCUUGUUGGAGGUCUUGCUGUUUCAUUUGAUGCAGACUGCAGUUUGGGAAAUGAAACUGAAGUUCAGUAUUAUAGAGCAUGUGAUAACCAGUCCAGGAUCUACUGCGUUGACUUGCUUCAGCAGUCGGAAAGACCAUUUUACCGCAGUGACUCUACGCUCAAAAUCCAGAAUUAA